GAAGAAGAAAAGCAUUUCUUGCCGACGCCAUUGACGAAUUUGAGUGUAGUGAAGCGGUCGAUCAGCGUUGUGCCGUGUUUUAUCGCUACCAAAAGUAAAUAAAGACCGACAAAUCUAUUUCGGACCCAUUUCACCAUGUACGAGAAUGAAGAAGAUCAUUUCGAGGAGGAAGAUCCGGAGGAGAUUUCUCACGAAUUGUGGCAGGAAGCAUGUUGGAUCGUUAUCAACGCAUACUUCGAUGAGAAGGGUCUGGUGCGGCAGCAGCUGGACAGCUUUGACGAGUUUAUCCAAAUGUCGGUCCAACGGAUCGUGGAAGAUUCGCCGGCCAUCGAGCUGACGGCGGAAGCGCAGCAUUCGUCGGGUGAGAUCGAAAAUCCCACACGGUACCUACUGAAGUUCGACCAGAUCUAUCUAUCGAAACCGACGCAUUGGGAAAAGGAUGGUUCCCCAUCGCCCAUGAUGCCGAACGAAGCACGUCUCCGCAAUUUGACCUACUCGGCCCCACUGUAUGUGGACAUUACCAAGACAAAGCUGGUCGAGGGGCAGGAUCCGGUCGAGACGCAGCAUCAGAAAACGUUCAUCGGGAAGAUUCCGAUCAUGUUGCGCUCCACGUACUGUCUGUUGUCUCAGCUAACGGAUCGUGAUUUGACCGAGCUGAACGAGUGUCCACUCGAUCCGGGCGGUUACUUUAUUAUCAACGGUUCGGAAAAGGUGCUGAUCGCACAGGAAAAGAUGGCCACCAAUACAGUAUACGUGUUCAGCAUGAAGGAUGGUAAAUACGCAUAUAAGACGGAGAUUCGUUCCUGUCUGGAGCAUAGCUCUCGGCCCACCUCGACACUCUGGGUUAACAUGAUGGCCAGGGGUGGUCAGAGCAUAAAAAAGUCGGCGAUUGGGCAGCGUGUGAUAGCAAUCCUGCCGUACGUGAAGCAAGAAAUUCCAAUCAUGAUCGUGUUCCGUGCGCUCGGGUUCGUCGCCGAUCGUGACAUCCUCGAGCACAUUAUCUACGAUUUUGACGAUCCGGAAAUGAUGGAGAUGGUAAAACCUUCGCUCGACGAAGCGUUCGUCGUGCAGGAACAGAAUGUGGCACUUAACUUUAUCGGUGCACGCGGUGCCCGACCCGGUGUCACGAAGGACAAGCGUAUCAAGUACGCAAAGGAAAUCCUACAGAAGGAAAUGUUGCCCCACGUCGGUGUGUCCGAUUUUUGUGAAACGAAAAAAGCUUACUUCCUCGGUUACAUGGUGCAUCGGUUGCUGCUGGCUGCGCUUGGUCGUCGCGAGCUGGACGAUCGUGAUCACUAUGGCAACAAGCGAUUGGAUCUAGCCGGUCCACUGUUGGCAUUUUUGUUCCGUGGGCUUUUUAAAAAUCUGAUGAAAGAGGUACGAAUGUACGCACAGAAGUUUAUUGACCGCGGGAAAGACUUUAACCUCGAGUUGGCGAUCAAGACAAAAAUUAUUACGGAUGGAUUGCGAUACUCGUUGGCCACCGGAAACUGGGGCGACCAGAAGAAAGCUCAUCAAGCUCGGGCCGGUGUAUCACAGGUCUUGAACCGGCUAACGUUUGCUUCUACGUUGAGCCAUUUGCGACGCGUUAAUUCACCGAUCGGACGUGACGGUAAGCUGGCAAAGCCACGUCAGCUGCACAACACCCUGUGGGGCAUGAUAUGUCCGGCCGAAACGCCCGAGGGUGCGGCUGUCGGAUUGGUGAAGAAUUUGGCACUGAUGGCUUACAUUUCCGUCGGUUCGCAACCGUCACCCAUUCUGGAGUUCUUGGAAGAGUGGUCGAUGGAAAAUUUGGAAGAAAUUGCACCAUCGGCGAUUGCCGAUGCAACGAAAAUCUUCGUGAACGGGUGCUGGGUUGGCAUUCAUCGUGAUCCGGAACAGUUGAUGGCAACGCUUAGAAAGCUUCGCCGACAGAUGGAUAUUAUCGUGUCGGAAGUAUCCAUGAUUCGGGACAUUCGUGAUCGCGAAAUUCGUAUCUACACCGACGCGGGGCGUAUCUGUAGGCCACUACUGAUCGUGGAAAAUGGAUCGCUUCUGUUGCGUAAAAAUCACAUUGACAUGCUGAAAGACCGUGACUACAAUAACUACGGAUGGCAGGUGCUGGUGGCGUCCGGUGUGGUCGAGUACAUCGAUACGCUCGAGGAAGAAACGGUCAUGAUUGCGAUGACACCGUACGAUCUAAAGCAGGACAAGGAAUACGCGUACUGUACGACGUACACGCAUUGCGAGAUCCAUCCGGCAAUGAUAUUGGGCGUUUGUGCCUCCAUUAUUCCGUUCCCCGAUCAUAAUCAGAGCCCGCGUAAUACGUACCAGAGCGCUAUGGGGAAGCAGGCGAUGGGUGUGUACAUCACCAAUUUCCAUGUGCGGAUGGACACACUGGCCCACGUGCUUUACUAUCCGAUGAAACCGCUCGUAACGACACGCUCGAUGGAGUACCUUCGGUUCCGUGAGUUGCCGGCCGGUAUUAACUCGAUCGUGGCCAUUCUCUGCUACACCGGCUACAACCAGGAGGACAGUGUUAUUCUCAACGCAUCGGCUGUCGAGCGUGGAUUCUUCCGGUCGGUCUUCUAUCGAUCAUACAAAGAUUCGGAAAGCAAGCGUAUCGGCGAUCAGGAGGAGCAGUUCGAGAAGCCUAACCGACAGACGUGUCAGGGCAUGCGGAACGCCCUGUACGACAAGCUGGACGAGGACGGCAUUAUUGCGCCCGGAUUGCGUGUGUCCGGUGAUGAUGUGGUGAUUGGCAAGACAAUCACACUGCCCGAAACGGACGACGAUCUGGAUGGUACGACGAAACGGUACACCAAGCGAGAUGGUUCGACCUUUUUGCGAAACUCCGAAACCGGUAUCGUCGAUCAGGUAAUGCUGACAUUAAACAGCGAGGGCUACAAGUUCUGCAAAAUCCGUGUGCGUUCCGUGCGCAUUCCGCAGAUUGGAGAUAAGUUUGCCUCGCGCCACGGACAAAAAGGUACGUGCGGUAUUCAGUACCGCCAGGAGGAUAUGCCAUUCACCUGCGAGGGUAUUACGCCGGACAUUAUUAUCAACCCGCACGCUAUCCCGUCGCGUAUGACAAUUGGGCAUUUAAUCGAAUGCAUCCAGGGAAAGCUGGGCUCGAACAAGGGUGAAAUUGGUGACGCGACACCGUUCAACGAUGCGGUAAACGUGCAAAAGAUAUCCACCUUCCUGCAGGAGUACGGUUACCAUCUGCGUGGCAACGAGGUCAUGUACAAUGGGCACACGGGGCGUAAGAUCAAUGCACAGGUUUUCCUCGGUCCUACGUACUACCAGCGUUUGAAGCAUAUGGUGGAUGACAAGAUUCACUCGCGUGCCCGUGGCCCGGUGCAGAUACUAGUGAGACAGCCGAUGGAGGGUCGUGCCAGGGAUGGUGGGCUUCGUUUCGGUGAGAUGGAACGUGAUUGUCAAAUUUCACACGGAGCGGCACAGUUUUUGCGCGAACGUCUGUUUGAGGUAUCCGAUCCGUACCGAAUUCACGUGUGUAACUUCUGUGGACUGAUCGCGAUCGCUAAUCUGAGGAACAAUACAUUCGAGUGCAAGGGUUGCAAAAACAAGACUCAGAUAUCUCAGGUGAAACUACCAUACGCGGCAAAACUCCUAUUCCAAGAGCUGAUGGCAAUGAAUAUUGCUCCUCGUUUGAUGGUACUCUAAGCAAAAAAAGGAGAACAGACAUAACAC